UGUUAAUUAACCUCGGACCUUAUUUUCGGCGUUUAUUCCUAAACCCUAUUCUCUCCACAUUCAUUUCCGCCAUAAGGAUGGCUGAACGAAUCAGACGUAACUCAUUUCCGGGUUGUAGAACUACAAAAGCAGGGUAAUGGCUAGAAAGGCUCCAGCUUUUGUCAGAAGUGACUUUUCGAAAGCAGGUUUAGGAGAAUUUACGCAGCAGGUUAGGAGAAUAAACGCGACAGGCUAUGGGAAUUAGGUUAAGGUUAGGAAAAGGGUUAGCUGAAAUGCAAAAAAACUAUCUGCCUUUGACCUAAAUUGGACAAAAACUGGAUCCAUCUAGACAAGACCGAAAAUAAAAUAUUCGGCAAGUCAUUUUAUCUCAUCUGGAAGAUGACCAUGUCGCGGUUGGAUACUGUAGCCAGCUGUGGGCUAGUGAUCCUACAGUAACUAUGUCCUGCGACAACCAGCAAGGAGACCAGUCGGCCUUGAAGGAGAGAAUAUGUACCUUUUUAAAGGUGAAGAAACAAGGAUCCACUGCCCUCCAGAUAGCUAAGGCUGUUGGACUAAUGAAAGCCAAGGAUGUAAACAGUGUCCUGUACACUUUAAACAAAGCUGGACGUCUUUAUGUAACACCAGACAAACCACCAGUCUGGUCUGUGGAGAAACCAGGGGCGGCGUCAGUCUCUGUGAGUGUUCCAGAGUCAGAUCGAGUGCCUAGUCCUUCUGAGACCCCUGGCAUCACAGUGGAGGAACUGAGGAGGGUGCUGAUGUCAAAGAGUGAUGGAAGAGGGAUGAGUGCGCCACAAAUUGCCAGAGAAUUGGGCCAAUCACAAAAAUUAGUGACUAUGUCCUGCGACAACCGGCAAGGAGACCAGUUGGCCUUUAAGGAGAGAAUAUGUGACUUUUUAGAGGUGAAGAAACAAGGAUCCACUGCCCUCCAGAUAGCUAAGGCUGUUGGACUGAACAAGGCCAAGGAUGUAAACAGUGUCCUGUACGCUUUAAACAAAGCUGGACUUCUUUAUGCAACACCAGACAAACCACCAGUCUGGUCUGUGGAGAAACCAGGGGCGGCGUCAGUCUCUGUGAUUGUUCCAGAGUCAGAUCGGGUGCCUAGCCCUUCUGAGACCCCUGGCAUCACAGAGGAAGAACUGAGGAGGGUGCUGACGUCAAAGAGUGAUGGAAGAGGAAUGAGUGCGCAAGAAAUUGCCAGAGAAUUGGGCCAAACACGAAAAUUUGUGAAUAAGCAUCUUUAUGACCUGCAAAGUAGCGGCAAGGCAGAAAAGUUGGGAGAGAAAGUGUGGAAAAUGAAGGAUGAAGCAAGCUGUGGAGUAGAGCUUAUUAAAUACCAGAGUUAUGAUCAAGAUAUUUCCAUCAGACUGACUGAACGCUCCAGGUUUUCCAAAGAUUUCAAAUUAUUGAGUGUUCUGGGUGCAGGAGGCUUUGGGUGUGUCACUAAAGCCCAACACAAAUUGGAUGGGAAAACGUACGCUGUGAAGAUUGUAAAGAAUAUGGGAGAAGCAAAUCGUGAAGUGAAAGCACUGGCUACCUUGGAACAUUCUAACAUUGUUCGCUACUAUACGACUUGGCCUGAGGAUGCCAAUUGGGUCGAUGGGGGCUACAGCACAGAGUCGUCGGUCCAGUCUAAAAUCUCAGAAGACUCUGACAAUUAUUCAGACCAGGGAGAUGGAUCUACACAUGUAACAAAGCAAUCAGAUUUAGACCUUUCUGAAACAGCCAGCGAAGACCAAGCAAACCACUCAAUGACCGAUUCCAGCUCAAGAAAUGGAGACUGGCCUUGUUUGUUCAUUCAGAUGGAGUUCUGUGAGGAAGGGACGCUGAAGGACUGGAUUAGCAAAAAUAAUGUUAGAACGAAGGACAAGGCACAUGGAAUAUUUCAGCAAAUAGUUUGUGGAGUGGAAUACAUCCACUCUGAAGGACUUAUUCACAGAGACUUAAAGCCAGAGAACAUAUUGUUUGGAAGUGAUGGCAUGGUGAAGAUUGGAGACUUUGGUCUUGUGACCACGAUCACCACUCCGAGUGGAGCAUCAGUGUACAGGACUGUCAACAAAGGAACACCAAUUUACAUGAGCCCUGAGCAGACUGGGGGGAAAUAUGAUGAGAAAACGGAUAUAUUCUCUCUGGGACUGAUAUGGUUUGAACUCCUGUGGCACAUGUCCACUGUCUCAGAGAAGAUCAUGGUGUUCCAGAGCCUGCAGACAAGGACAUUUCCUUCUGACUUCCGUGAGAAGUUUAUCUUAGAGCAUAAACUCAUCAGUAAAAUGCUCUCGGAGACGCCAGCAAACCGACAAAACGCAGAAGAGAUUGCUGCGAUCCUGAAAAGAAACCUGCUCGGAAACCAAACUGGAUUACAACAGAGAACUGCAUGAAAUGUUGCAGGGUAGUGGCUUGAAAUGCUUUGGGGAAAACGGUGUUGUCAGCAUAGAACACCUGCAUUGCUUGCUGUUUAGGGUUUUAGGCUGGGUUUCUGUACAGCACUUUGAGAUAUCAGCUGAUGUACGAAGGGCUGUAUAAAUACACUUGAUUUGAUAGAAGACACGUUCUCUUCAAGACAGAGCGCAUAGUGAUGAUGUCAUGGCUCAACUGAAGCAGUGAACUGGGAGGGGGAUCGGUAUCAGUACAGUAUCCUACUGUAUUUCUCAGGAACAUUUUGGCACUUAUCUUUUCACCUUUGUUUCUGCUGUAUGGUUUCUCAAAUGUGAUAACUUUUUAAAAGUUACGGAAUAGAGGGUUAAUAUUAUGUGUAGGAAAAGGUCCACCACAUAUUUCUAAUGCAGAACCCAAGGUGUUCUUCUUAGAGGUUUUUAACCUUAAUUUAACCAGGUAAGACCCAUUUUUAAGUAACAAAAACUAUUUUUCAAGGGUGACCUGGCAAGAAGUCAAAACAGGGAAAUAGAAGCCGUGUCCAUAAAACAUGACAGAUAGAUACAGAAUACACACAAGUCACAAGUUAAAGAUUCAAUUGAAAAUCAGAAACAACUGUAUUGGUCACAAACGGUGUUGUCGAUCAGAGUCUUAAAAACAGACAAGGACACCAACUCCCCUAACUUUACAAUCUUCUGAAGCAUGUUCCAGGAUGAAGGGGAAUUGUGAGGACAAAAUAUGUUUCCCCAUCUCAGUUCUAGCCCUAGGAACAGUAUGUUUCCCCAUCUCAGUUCUAGCCCUAGGAACAGUAUGUUUCCCCAUCUCAGUUCUAGCCCUAGGAACAGUAUGUUUCCCCAUCUCAGUUCUAGCCCUAGGAACAGACAAGGACAGCAGCGAUUGUGAACGAAGACUGUAUUGAGUGACUGAUCUGGUUAGUAAUCACAACAUGUACGGAGUUGAAAUGAUGUCAAUUUUAUUGUGAUCAUUUCUACUUUUUUUUUAAGGGCACAUUGACAGAAUCAUGGAGUUUGUUUAAAAGUAAAUGAAAACAUUGAAUGUUGUUACAGGGAGAUGGGCACUCAUAUGGUUUCUUCCCAAUGUGGCAAGUCUACGCAACUUGUGCUUUAAAAAAAAUAUAUAUAUAUAUAUAAUUAACGUGAUUUAGAAUUAAAUGUUACAGACGCAUGCAUACUGUAUAAAGAGCUUAUGAAAUAAAUGUCCAACGCCAA